AUGAUGGGUUUCAAUGAUCAGGGUUACAGUUCGCUGGUUCAUUCCAACAGUAGGGUAGUUACGUCUAUUUCGACUCGUUUUAAGUGAAGAAUAUCAGGGCGCAUUGAGGAUUAACAGAUUAGCAAUGAAACCGGUGAUAGUGGUUUUGGCCAUCAUUGGCUGCGCCCAAUGCGCUAAACUGGACCAUCUGAGCUAUCUUCCUCCAGACAGCAGGCCAAAGCAAGCCGAGCAUUUUGAUCAAGGAUUAUCUGCUCCCGCAGGACAAGCUGGGUCUUCAGGGGGCAGUGCUGGCAGCCAACCUUCCCAACCGGGUGGAAGAUAUCCUUCCCCUACACCUUCAGCUGGGCAAUACGGCUCUCCAAGCCCUUCAGCACCUUCUGGAGCCUCUGGAGCAGCUUCUGGAUCUCCUAGUCCGAGUAGCAGCUUCGGAAAAACUGCUUAUGCAGCACAACCGGCUGGCCCAAGUGGAGGAUACUCCGCCCAGAACAAAUACGCCUCGGCGCCGCAAAACCAAAUUCCCAUUCUCAAACUGGACACCACCAACAAUGGCGACGGCAACUACCAUACGGAAUAUGAAACUGGCAACGGCAUUCAAGCAGAGGAGACUGGAGAAAACCAAGGGGACACUUCAGUAGUUCAAGGUUCCUUCUCCUACACCUCCCCCGAAGGAGAGAAGAUCGGAGUGAGCUACACUGCUGACGAGGACGGGUAUCAUCCGCAAGGCGAUAACUUGCCGACGCCACCACCUAUUCCGGAAGCAAUUUUGAAGAGCAUUGAGUACAAUAACGCGCACCCUGAAGAAGGAAAUGAUGAUGGCUCAUACAAAGCAGGCGAUUCAGAAGGGCCAAGCGGGCAGCAGGGAGCGACUGGCAAAAGCGAGCACUCAGGCAGCUCUAAUCAAUAUUUAGCCCCAAGACCUUCUGGAGCCAACAGCAUUGCUGCAGCAGGAUCUUCCAGCUGCCAAGGCGGUUCUCAAUAUUGCCAAUCGCCCGGAAGUCCGUCAGCUCCUACUGGGGGUAGUGGAUAUUCAUCUGGUUUCCCCAGCUCCCAGCCUGGCCAACCUUCUGGACUUCCAGGCUCCCACAGUGGAAGUGGGUCAUUCCCAUCCCCCUCUGGUACUCCUCAACCUUCAGGAGGCCCAUCUGGCUCCUACUCUGCAGCCCCCCAGUCUCCUGCUGCUGGAUCAUACGCGCCCCAAACUGGUACCGGUGGAAGGCCUGGUUACCAAUCUUCUGGAAUCUCCAGCCCAAGUGGACAGUACCCUUAUCAAUCAUCCGGGGGCGGAAGCACUGGUUCCGCUGGGUUCAGUCAGUAUGGAGGAGUUGCAUCCGGCUCACCUCGACCCUCUGGCAGCUCGAGCUUCCCGCAAACAACCUCUCCCGGUGCGGGAAAUAGUGGUUCUUCAGGAUUCGGUCAAUAUGGACCCGCCUCAGGCUCAGCUGCAUCUGCUGGCUCCCCCAGUGGUCCAUCUAGCGCUGGUUCAGGAUUUUCGGGAGCAGCUUCUCUGGGCCAGAAUGGAGCAGGUUCCUCUGGGCCCCAUCAAUACGGUGCCCCUUCUGGAGCAGGUUCAGGAUCCAGUGGGGGAUUUGGAAGUGGCUCUUCUAGCGGGGUUCAGACCACUUCUGCUGCCGCACAACAUUCGGCUCCCGGUGCCUCAUCUGGCUUCAACCAAUAUGGACCGCCUAGUGCUGCAUCCCGAGCUAGUUCAGGAUAUUCUGGAGCGCCUGGGGGUGCUCAAGGCGCUUCUCCCAACGCGCAAUACUCAUCUGGCAGCAGUGGAGUGGGAACAUCUUCUGGAGCAAACCAAUACGGAGCUCCAAGUGCUCCAUCUGGACCAACUAGUGGCGCUCCAACCACUUCACAGUAUUCGUCUCCCAGCACAGCUUCCGGAUUCAACCAAUAUGGAGCUCCCGCUGCCCCAUCUGGAACCAGUUCAGCAUCUGGAUUUUCUGGACCAUCUAGUGGCGCCCAAACCACUUCUCCCACCUCACAAUAUUCGUCUCCCAGCACGUCUACUGGAUUCAACCGAUAUGGAUCUCCCAGGCCCAGCAACGGCCAGUCUCAAUCAUCAGGAGUUUCAAGUGGUGUUCCCUCUUCUUCUCAGCCUUCUUACAGUGGCAAUGCUGGGGCUUCCAGUGGCGCUCAAGCAUAUUCUUCUGGGCAGAAUGGAGGGUCCUCAGUCUCAGGAGCCUUUGCCCAGUCAGGUGCCACUGGGUACCAAUAUAAAUCUCCAAGCGCUCCUUUUGGUGCUCCCCAAGGAGGUUCUCCAUUUGGUCAGGCUGGAUCGAGCGCAACUUCCGGAAGCCCAAGCGGAUCGGGAGAAUUUGGUGCAGGAUUUUCUGGGCAGCAUGUUAACCCAUCCAGAACUCCCGGUGUUCAAGCCCAAGAUGCAAAUGGUGGUUAUCUCUAUUAAGAGCUGCUUUCGCAUUGCCAGGAAGAAUUCGGUAAUAUUCACGUGAUUGCGCCUAGUGGGCAUCUAGCCUUUGUUCAAUAGUGCGACAAAUUUACUUGCUAUUUGCAAAUAACGUACUGCCAUAUAAGCUUAAUUGUAAUGAUAUUUAAUAUUUCAAGUGAAUGAAUAAAAUGAUUCAACGCA